GCUUUAUAGUCGAACCGCCUGUCUAGUUUGUUUAUCUGGUUCAGUGAUGAAUCACGUUUGACUGUAAGCUACGUUAGAGCCUGUCGGGCCCAUAGUUUGCGGAUCCGUUCAAACCACACUUCGAUUAUCAAUAAAAUAUUCUAAUCGAAAUUGGAGAAUUAUCUCAAAAAUAGGGUGUACUUUUCUUCAGCUUUGCAUUCAGUUAUCAGCCACCUUACACAUUUGUCAGUCAACUAAAGCCUCUCGUGCUCUUGGCUUAUAUUUACGAAGAUACCUUGCUUUUACCGUGCUUUUUAAAUGAAUGCCAUGAUAACAGAAAAACUUUUUUUCGAAUUCCAACUUAAGACAGACCUUAGCAUAAGUUGUUUAUUGGGAAUGUUUUAGAUUUUGUCGCUGUUUUUAUCUUAAGAUAUAACUAUGGCAAUAGCGUUUCUUUUAUAUCGUCCAUUUAAACCGGCAUAUUUGAUGCCAUUAUUUAUGGACAGGAGCAAAGCAAAAGUCCUGAAACUUUCACAAUAAACUACUCUCGUUAAGGCUUGAUCUCAAAUCGAAAUUCAAAAAUCAGUUUUUCUUCUACCACGGCAUUUAUUCGAAAAGUGCAGUACUUCUACAGGCACGGACUCUGUUUUUGAGAUUAUUCAUAGCUCAUAUAAGUCUACAUAAUGAACAUGCUCUCGGCUCAAAAGCGAUUUAUCAGUUUAAGUGCAAUCUUCGUGAGUUACUAUUCGUACGUUCUAGUUGAUUAUGAUUCUUAUCCUGCAUGAAUCGGUGAUUAAUCUAUUAUUCUUUGAUUCAUAUUUAUCAUUAUCAUCAUAGUAUGAUAGUUAUUGAAAUGUCGUUAUCAACUAGUUUCAUGAAACUCAUUAACAAUAUAUGUUAAUAUUAUCUUUUUAUGUAUUCUCUAGAGAUACAUAACCGUUUCGUUUAAUCAUGCCAUUGUAGAAAGACAAUCGUCUACUUGUAUUGAGUUAUCAUCAUAAUCUUAGCAUGCAAAAACUUGAAAGAUCGUGAUGGGAAAAUUAGACUUAUCAAUGAUAAUUCUGUUUGCAUCCUAGUUACAUAUUUAUUCUUCCAUUCAGAUAUUUAUGGAUAAAGAAAUGCUUAUACCAUGAUUGAAAUAAGAUAAUUUAUGUUUAUUUGCGCAUUUAUGGAAAGAAUUUUAAUAGAUCGUUUAAAAUUAGCUGAGUUUUACGAAUGAAACCAAAACUAGUCAAGAGGGAUAAUAAAAUUAAAAGUUUUUAAUCUUUCGUGGAAGCACGAGUACAUUGUUUAUUGAAACUUGAAUCUAUAGUUCUAUAAUUAAGAAAUAAACAGUGUAAUAUGUCAUUUCCCGUUUCUGUAUGCUAUAUUCAAAAAAUACUUUGUAAUUGUGAAGAAGAAAAAAGAUGCAUACUCAAAGUAUAAAGUACGCAGUUUAUGUAUCAAUUGAGCUGACUUACAGUAUUGGCUCAGAUAUAAAUAUGAAAAGCGAUCGAAUCAUAAAGUUGAGGUUUGUUCUGAAAAUUUGAUUUUAGGAUAAGAACAAUCAAAUUAAAUUAAAUUUUCUGCUCGAUACCACCAUGUUUUCAGAAGAUAUUUAUCAAACAAGGAUCAAAAAUAGCUUAUUUGUUAUCUGAAAAUUCUCUUUGUAGGAUUUCAUUCUAUUUUUCUUUUGUUUCAAAGAGUAUGCCUGGUCGUGCAAUUUGAUGUGCUCUCUUAAAUAAAUAUAUCGAAUGAAAUUCUACGCCAAGAAUUUCGGGUUGCCAAAUUAGUUUAUUUUGACUCAUGAUUGAUGAAUAUCUCAUGCAAAUAUCAUAGUAUCGAAUUGAAAAUUUGACGCUAGUCUUUCUGCUAGAGUCCAGGCCAGAUCUGUACUCAUAAUGUUCUCAAUAGAAUUUUUUAAUUCGUCUUGAUAGUCGCUUCGAACGUACGACAUACUUAUUUUCGUUUAUUUAGAUUCAACAACUAGGAUAUCCUACAUAUCUCUCAGGACCAUGGGUUCUACUCUCUACUAGAGCCUCAACAUAUCCUGAAAGUUUCGUGCGAUCGAAAUUUUCGUAAUCCAAAAUCGAUUUUGAGGGGAGGAUGAUCUUAAAAGAGCGAGUGAUCAUGAAAAUUAUAUCAGAAUAAAACUCAAACCUAAAUAUUCACUAAGCAUCUGAGUUUUUCCUAUUUUGAAAAUGUCCCUAAACUCAAUCAAUAAUCUGUAUAUGUACUAUUUAAUUUGAAAGGAAACUAAUUAACACAUUAUUUCUUAGUUUUAGAGUCAUCUAUUUGGUAAAUUAAAUCAAUCAAUUAUUGCCGAAUAUGAUUAUUCACUUGACGAUAAUCAAAUAUGUAUUUUAUAUAUUGCCAGUAAUGGUGAUUAUACACAAUUACCAAUAAUAUAA